AUGCGUUCUGCCAAAGAACUACCCCGAGCUCUCAGUUGUACAGAGAUCAAGCAGCAGUGGGGAAUACCAUCAGCAAAAGCACAGCAAGACCCUGAAAAGCAGCUAAUGAAGAAGAAACCUCUGCAAGACAAAACAUUUGAAAAACAUCUUCUCAUCUGUGAUCAGAAAGGGGGAAGAAAAAGAAGACUUCCACAGGAGGUGAGCAGUACUUACAGUGCAACGCCUGCAGGUGAGCCAAAAAUUGAUGCUGCAUGUGUUGAUGCAUUCAAACAAGAUUUGUCAAAAUCCAAGAGUUCAUACUUAGUCACCAACUAUGUCCAUCUUCGACCCAACUCUACAUGUGUACCAGCAGCAGACAAAGAAAACACACCUAGUUGUAGUACAGCUGAUAACUUUCCAAAGCAGAGAUCUGAAACCUGA